AUGUUCUCAAGCCAUCUCUUUCUCGCUGGGCUUGCGCUGUCUUUCCAGGCGCCAGGUCUGGCCACGGCUCAACAGUAUACGGAAACAGUCUGGGGUGUUUUCGCAUACACCACCUAUGGAGACAGCACUCCGAGCGUGAUGGGGUCGCAACCCAGGAUCCUGACGGAAUACGGAGCCAGUCAGCUUGAGGCUGCAGGAAGGGUGUUCCGAGAUCGCUAUAUCGCGACUGGAGGAUCAGUCAACAGCACAGGAAGUGCGGUCCAGGAGCUAUCACCAUAUUAUCUUGACUCGAGGGACCUGAGCAUCCUCGCAACGACCGAUCAAUAUGUCAUGGCUUCCGCGCAGGCGUUUAUGCAGGGUCUCUACCCGCCACUCAAUCAAUCAGGUUUCCAAGACGUCGACUCGACUGCCAAUGGUACCUUUUAUAGUUACCCUCUGGGAGGAUAUCAGUAUCCACGCAUCAUUGGCCUCGGCAAUGGCGACCCGCAGUCGAUCUUGGUGUCGGGACAGACGGAGUGUAGUAUGCACCAAGCUGCGGUGACCAAGUAUCGGAAUAGCAGUGAGGCCAGCGACAUGACGCAGGAGAACGCGGCCUUUUACACUGGUCUUUGGAAAGAGGCCCUGUCUGGAGCAUAUGAUGAGUCGCAAGCAACAUAUCUCAACGCCGUUGAAAUUGCGGAGUACCUGGAAUACGAGAUCUUGCAUAACGCCGACGCCUAUAGCAAUGUUGCCGAUUACGACAUACGGCGUACACGAUGGCUGGCCGACCAGUACACAUAUGCCACAAACGCACAGACUGACUCUCAUUCUAUGAUUGGAAUGAUGAGUUCGGUUGGCGGACAAACCUUGGCAUCUAGUAUUCUCUUCGCCUUGAAGAUGAAUGUCCAGUCGUAUGGAACUCAACAGAAGAUGACUCUGCUCUUCGGAAGCGAUGAGCCUGCCGUCGCUCUGGCUUCUCUGAUGGGGCUGGCCACAGAGCAGCAAUCCAACUUCUACUCCCGCCCUGUCCACGGCGCAUCACUUGUGUUUGAGCUUUUCAGCUUCGAGUCGGAUGAGGUAUAUCCCUCGUAUCCAGGUGCUGACAACCUCUUCGUGCGGUUCUUUUUGCACAAUGGCACCGAAUCAUCCACAUUCACAUCAUAUCCCCUUUUCGGAUCAGGCCCAAGCCAGGAAUCGAUUCCCUUCACUGAGUUUCAAUCAGAGCUUGAGACCUUUGCAAUGCAGUCGACCCAAGAAUGGUGUGCUCGUUGCAACGCGGAGUCCAUCUUCUGCACAGGCGUGAUGGGAGAGAGCAGCUCCCCGAAGCAAAAAAAACAGAUGGCCCCAGCGUUGGCAGGCGUCAUUGGAGCCAUGGUAACCUUGGCCGUGAUUCUAUUAUUUGGCGUAAUUGGCUUCCUCUUUUGCCUUCGCAAGCGCGCCGACCAUAAAGCCAGUAUUGGCGGUUUCAAGGGCAACGACAAGCAUGCGAGCGACACCGAUCUCACGUUUCGAAAGUCCAUUUGGGGUAGCGCCUCCAAGCCAGAAAACGGAGAUCACGAGGACCCGUCCGGUGGGAUCUUUGUGCGCGGACAUGAGCGACUGGGCAGCUGGGAGAUGGGUCAGCAGAGGAAAGAGGUCGAGGAUAUCUCGUCGCCAACGCACGAAAACGCAUGCCCUGUACCGCCGUUUGAUGAUGAAAUUGAAGAGGAGUGGAGAAUGCACAGUGUUUUGCAGCCAGUCAAGGUGCGGGAAAGUAUUUAG